UCUCAGCUGAGAAAUACAUCUGCCACCAUCAUCGCCAUGAGCGGCGGCGCUGUGGAGAGGAGAUUCGAAUUCCGAAAAAGCAAUGGAGUAAGAGGAGAGAGAGAAGAAGAAGACAGGGAAGAAGAAGAGGAGGAAGAUGAAGGGAAUGGCAGAGGAUUGGAAGCUUGGGAAAGGGCUUACGCGGACGAGAGAUCCUGGGAAUCUCUUCAAGAGGACGAGUCCGGACUCCUCAGACCCAUCGACAACAAGAGCCUCUACCACGCUCAGUACAGGAGACGUCUCCGCUCCUUGUCCUCUUCUUCCUCUUCCAGAAUCCAGAAGGGGCUCAUCCGCUACCUCUACGUUGUUGUCGACCUCUCUAGGGCAGCUUCAGAGACGGAUUUUCGGCCUAGUCGGAUGGUAGUAGUUGCAAAACACGUUGAAGCUUUCAUUAGAGAGUUCUUUGAUCAAAACCCACUUAGUCAUAUUGGUCUUGUAACUAUAAAAGACGGUGUUGCUCGGUGCUUAACAGAUCUAGGUGGCAGUCCAGAUUCACAUAUAAAGGCUUUGCUGGGUAAGCUGGAGUGUUCAGGCGAUUCUUCCUUACAGAAUGCUCUAGAUCUCGUUCAUGGCUAUCUGAGCAAAAUUCCAUCAUAUGGUCACCGGGAAGUUUUAAUCUUGUAUUCUGCUCUGAGUACCUGCGAUCCAGGGGAUGUAAUGGAGACCAUUCAAAAUUGCAAGAAAGCCAAAAUACGAUGCUCAGUUGUUGGUCUCUCGGCAGAAAUUUACAUAUGUAAACAUCUCUGUGAGGAGACUGGUGGUUCUUAUACUGUGGCCUUGGAUGAGUCUCAUUUUAAAGAAUUGCUACUGGAGCAUGCACCCCCACCACCGGCAAUAGCAGAAUUUGCUGUUGCUAAUUUGAUCAAGAUGGGUUUUCCUCAAAGGGGAGCAGAUGGGGUUAUCGCCAUUUGUUCAUGCCACAAGGAAGCUAAGGUUGGUGGAGGCUACACUUGUCCAAGAUGCAAAGCACGUGUAUGUGAACUGCCAACGGAGUGUCGGAUUUGUGGGUUGACACUUGUUUCUUCUCCCCAUUUGGCACGGUCUUACCAUCAUCUAUUCCCUAUAUCACCAUUCAUCGAGGUGCCUUCUACUCUUCCAAGUAAUAAUUCAUAUCAGAGGUUACCGAAAAACUGUUUUGGUUGCCAGCUGAGCCUUCCAAAUCCCGGGAGCAAUCCUGUCCUCCGCGUUGCUUGUCCAAAGUGCAAGCAGCACUUCUGCCUCGAUUGUGACAUCUAUAUCCAUGAGAGCUUGCACAAUUGCCCUGGAUGUGAGAGCCUCAGAGAAUCCAAGCCAUCGAAUACAACCAAAGUGUGAUGCAAUUGAUUCUUCAAGUUCCAAAUGUGUUUUAGCGGCUAUUUAAAGUAAGCAAAGCAAGCGGUUCCCUGGAAGCAGGCGCAAGGGUUUUAGGUUAGAAAUUCAGGCAACUGCAUGACAUUUAUGGAAGGUACCGUACUGCUUUGAGGCACAUACAUCUUUCAAUCAUAAUUUCCAGCCCAAUCGAUUCCAAGACAAUAAAAAUAGAUGGAGAAGAGUAAGACAAUUUUGAUAAGCGUUACCUCAUUUCCAAUUCCAAACCCCUCUCCCCUUUGUUGU